AAAUGGCUAAACCAUAAAAAAAGCUGCUUAACGGAAUUACUAAACAAGUGAUUUGAUUAGUAAAAUAAGAACCGGAGAUUUGUGUUACAGAAAUAUAAGAUAUUGAAUAAAGCCCAUCAACCUCACCGUUCGCACUAAGUCAACAUGCAGCCCAGCAAAUAUGUGGGCCUUGUGGCCGAUUUGAUGCCCAACAUUCGGCUCAUGAAGUACUCGGGCUUAUUCAUGCACAAUUUUACAGGUGGCUCAGGGCUUUUCAAGAAGAUUUACUCAUCCAUGCAUUUGGUAUUAGUUUUGGUACAAUUUGUGCUGAUUCUGGUGAAUAUGGCAUUGAAUGCAGACGAAGUGAAUGAGUUGUCGGGCAACACGAUUACGGUGCUUUUCUUCACCCACUGCAUUACGAAAUUCGUGUAUUUGGCUGUUAAUCAAAAGCACUUCUACAGAACAUUGAAUAUCUGGAAUCAAGUUAACUCGCAUCCAUUGUUCGCCGAGUCGGAUGCACGCUACCAUGCAAUCGCCCUCGCCAAGAUGCGCAAAUUAUUCACUUUGGUUAUGCUCACAACCGUUGCUUCGGCUGUAGCAUGGACUACCAUCACCUUCUUUGGUGAGAGCGUCAAGUUCGCCUUUGACAAGGAUACAAAUUCAUCCAUCACUGUUGAAAUUCCACGUUUGCCGAUCAAAUCCUUCUACCCAUGGAAUGCCAUGUCGGGCAUGUUUUACAUAAUAAGCUUCGCUUAUCAAUUCUACUAUCUGCUGUUCUCCAUGGUACAUUCGAAUUUGUGUGAUGUGCUCUUCUGUUCGUGGCUGAUUUUCGCAUGUGAACAGCUGCAGCAUUUGAAGGGAAUUAUGAAGCCACUGAUGGAGUUGUCAGCCUCUUUGGACACUUACAGGCCCAAUUCAGCGGCGCUCUUUCGUUCUUUAUCGGCCAGUUCGAAAUCGGAGUUGAUCAAUAAUGAAGAGAAAGAGCCCACUGAUUUGGACAUAAGUGGCGUCUAUAGCUCUAAAGCUGAUUGGGGUGCACAAUUCCGUGCACCAUCGACGUUACAAACCUUCAAUGGGAUGAAUGGUGGCAACCCUAAUGGAUUGACCAGAAAGCAGGAAAUGAUGGUGCGUAGUGCCAUAAAGUAUUGGGUGGAACGGCAUAAGCAUGUUGUGCGAUUGGUCGCAGCCAUUGGUGACACCUACGGCGGUGCUUUGCUCUUGCACAUGUUGACAUCUACCAUCAUGUUGACGUUGUUGGCAUAUCAGGCCACUAAGGUAACCGGCGUCAAUGUUUACGCAUUCACGGUCAUCGGUUACUUGGGCUAUGCGUUGGCCCAAGUAUUUCAUUUUUGUAUAUUUGGCAAUCGGCUGAUUGAGGAGAGCUCAUCCGUCAUGGAGGCAGCCUACUCUUGCCAUUGGUAUGAUGGCUCCGAGGAGGCUAAGACAUUUGUCCAGAUCGUUUGCCAACAGUGCCAAAAGGCGAUGUCCAUAUCAGGAGCGAAGUUUUUCACUGUUUCAUUGGAUUUGUUUGCAUCGGUUCUUGGCGCUGUUGUCACCUACUUCAUGGUGUUGGUACAAUUGAAGUGAAGCAGCGUAAGCGAAUGCAUAAACAACCACACUGACUUAACUAACAGAAUAUAUUACAAAAACAAUACUAAGCAGAACAAUAACACUGUCAAGCAGCAGAGGAGAAAUGGAAAUUGAACGCGUGGGCCAAAACAAGUUUGUGUUAGCAGUCGCCUGGAAAAUCGGCACAAUGUGUGGAGACUCUUCGAGCUGUGACCACCUUAAAAGCAGAAACAACAACAGCAUGACUCAAGCAGGAAAUGAAAGAGCAAAAAUUAUAAUUUGUUUUUUUGGAUUAUAAAGCAGGAAAUUUAUCAUUUUUUAGUGCAACAAAAUAUAUUUUUUCACAGCAACAUUGUUGCCUAAAUUAAACGUAUGUACUCGUAUAACGGUGCAAAGCACUGCAGAUUGUUAACAUACUUUGUUGAUAGAUAUAAUUUACAGAAUAUGUCAGCAUAUUUUUCUUCUAUGAAUUCUUCUAUAUAAAGUUUUUCUUUUAAUGCAUUCCCUACGAGAUCGCAAAAUUUCGCAAUACAUUUACAUACACACAUAUUUUAUAAGCCACUUUUAAACACAGCUAGCAGUAUUUACUUUAGUGAAAAGUACAAUAAAUAAAGCAAGUAGUGAAUCACUUGACGAUCAAACAUUAUAAAA